CACAAGACUAACCAUAGACAAAGGUUUUUAUCAUUUACUUCUGUCAUCAGGUGAUUGGGAUCGUGAGCCUGAAAAUCCUGAAUAGGGAUAAAACGCAAAAGUUAUAUUAGAAUAAAAUGUCUGGAAAAGACAAACUAGCGAUUUUCCCUUCUCGGGGGGCCCAGAUGUUGAUAAAGGGCCGCUUGGCCGGUGCAGUCAAAGGUCACGGUCUACUGAAAAAGAAGGCUGAUGCUUUGCAAGUCAGAUUCCGUAUGAUAUUGAGCAAAAUUAUUGAGACAAAAACCCUUAUGGGUGAAGUGAUGAAAGAGGCUGCAUUUUCCCUGGCAGAAGCAAAGUUUACAACAGGAGAUUUCAAUCAAGUGGUGCUGCAGAAUGUGACGAAGGCUCAGAUCAAGAUCCGUUCCAAGAGGGACAAUGUUGCCGGUGUCACACUCCCAAUCUUCGAGUCGUAUCAAGAUGGCUCGGACACAUAUGAGUUGGCGGGUCUGGCCCGUGGUGGCCAACAGCUAGCCAAGCUCAAGAAGAACUUCCAGAGGGCUGUCAAACUGCUUGUGGAGCUCGCCUCGCUGCAAACCUCCUUCAUCACACUGGACGAGGUCAUCAAGAUCACCAACAGACGUGUCAACGCUAUUGAGCACGUGAUUAUCCCCCGUUUGGAGCGCACUCUGGCUUACAUCAUCUCUGAGUUGGACGAGCUAGAACGUGAGGAGUUCUACCGGCUGAAGAAGAUCCAGGACAAGAAGAAGGUCAUCAAGGAAAAGGCGGAAGCGAAAAGGGCCGAAAUCCUUGCCGCCGGCUUAGAAGUGCGCGGCAUCACUAACCUUCUCGAUGAAGGGGACGAAGACCUUCUCUUCUAAGAUAUCGCAUGCCACCCCGUAGUAAAUGAUAUACCAUCAGGAAGAAGCGACAGGAGCGUUUGAGAUUGGGAAAGGAUGUACGCGACGAAGCCCAAUUAAACCUGCUAAACGAACAAGAAGACGAUGUCCUUUUUUAAAAGUUUGUUCGUCCGUACAACGUAGUCUUAGACAGCCAAGUGCAAUACCACGCACAUUUACCUAGCUCUGUUAUAUUCAGGCGCCGUUAAAACAAAAUUUGACCUAAAAAUUGUAUGUUUAACCGGAAUUUUUGGCAUACAUAUUUUAGGCCGGUAUUAAUCAGAUUUAUUGAUAAGCGUAAGUGUGGAUAAGGCUUUAGAUUGUUAAUAUUUACAGUUUCCAAUGUCUACGAACAUAAAACGACGUAAUGUGGCCUACACGUUUAUUAAAAAAAAUCUUUAAUUGUCCCUCUAUAAUCUGACUCAAGAUUUUUAGCCACAUAUCGUCUGUUAUUCGAUCAGUUUUGAGUCCAGUAUAAUCAUGUUGUACUGCUGUUUAUUGCAAAUUUAACUUUUAUGAUUAUUAUAUAAUAUAUAAAUUAUUAUUGUUUCAACUGUACAAUUUUGCAGUAUUCUUUAUACAUACGGUUGUCGUAUCAACGCUUGAAUCAAUCCUGUUACCACAUUUCAAUGAAAAAAAUAUAUAUGUAUAGAGAAGUGUUCUCUUUUUAGGUGUCAUAUGCAAGCAUUCCAACAUCUGUUGAAUAGACACUGCUUUUACGAAUGUAAUAAGCCAGACGUCAUUAUAAGUACACCCAAUAAGUAUUUGUUUUUGAAUUGUUGUUUGAUUGUAUAACGUAUUUAAGUAAGCAAUCAUGUAAAUACAAGUUUGUGAAGCGUAUAGUAAAAAUAUUAUUAUUGAACAA